UGAGUAUGGAGAGAGAGAGAACAUGUGUGUGAGUUACGGGCCGCUCUGCCGUACAGUUGUUCCUUGCUGUGCAAUGAGAUAGACACGAUGUGUGUAUGUUGAUCGCAUAAUAAAUAGUGUGUCUGUCUGGUCUUUGAGUUGAACGCUGUGCGCGACUCGCAUGUGCCAUGCCAUGUUCAGUCUUAGCAAAGCCGUGCUCGAGAGCAGUGCAUAUCAACUGGCUGCCGACCGUUUUCGUUAAUUCGUUUGACAACGAUUUAGCGAGCGUAACGAAAAAAAAAUUACAACAAUUUUUGUUCCAUACAAAUUCAAUCGUCUAAAAAUCGAUCUUGUUUGCAUCGACAUUCGACUGCUUUUAUCAAGCAACCAACGAAUGACUCAACUAUGUGUUAAUGAACAUUUUAAAAGGAGAAACCAACGAUAAAAUCCAUCGUUUCGAUUCUUUGUAUCGAGAAUCAAGCAAACAAUUCACGCAUGACAGAAAAAAUUUGCUGGUGCGUGCGUGUGUGUUAGAGUGAGUGGUGCAACCGCAAAGUUGCUCGUGUUUUGUUCUAAAGACGAGAGAGAAAAGAAAAAAAAAGUACAAAUAUAAACGUUAAGUGCCGAGAAGAGAAAGAAAAAAAAAUAGUCGCAAAAACAACGGAGCAAAUAAAUCCAAUCAAAUCAUGCGUAAUUUGCUGAGAACUGAUUGUGCACUGUUGCACACAGUGUCGAUUGUUAGUAUUUUAAUCGUAAGUCUUAUUGUGCCAUCGACAAACACAUUCAAUUUGGAUACCGUCGAUUACAUUCGACAUGAAGGUGAACCAGAGUCAAUGUUCGGUUUCAGCGUUGCAUUGCACAAAGAAAACAAACGAAGCUGGGUAAUCAUUGGUGCGCCAAGAGCUGAUACAUCGAGAAUUCAGCCACGAGUGUUUCGAGGUGGUGCUGUCUAUCGCUGUGAUAUUUUAUAUGACAAUCGAUGCCAUCUUAUACCAUUCGAUACGGCAGGUAAUCAGAUCAACGAUCGAAAUGAGCAAAUCGAUACAAAAUCGGAUCAAUGGUUUGGAGCUACAGUGACAAGUGCCGGCGAAAAUGGCCCUGUGGUGGCAUGUGCACCGCGAUAUGUGUUCCAUACGAUGCAGCCGAGGAAAGUAGUGCGCGUUGAGCCGGUCGGUACGUGUUAUAUGGUCAAGAAAGAUUUCAAGGAAUACACCGAAUACUCACCAUGUCGAACAAUGUUCUGGGGAUACCACAAACAAGGCUCAUGUCAAGCCGGAUUGAGUGCAGCUAUCACAAAGAAUGGUGAUCGUUUGUUCAUCGGAGCACCGGGCAGCUGGUACUGGCAAGGACAAGAGUAUUCAAUCAAUACCGAUGCUUCGUAUCCAUACAAGCCUCCUCGUUACGGUGGCUACGGCGAAGGCCAAACAUACUCGUUCAGUUUGAACAAUCCAAAAGAUAAAGUUUGGGCAACGCGUGAGAGUACAGCAGCUGAAGAUGAUUCGUAUUUGGGCUAUUCAUCAGUUACUGGUGAUUUUAAUGGAGAUGGUACAGAAGGAGUUGCUGUUGGUAUGCCUCGUGGUGGUGGUCUUUUAGGCAAAGUGUUGAUUUUCACAUGGAAUAUGACCAAUCAACAAAAUAUCACCGGUGAACAAAUUGGUGCCUACUUCGGCUAUUCGUUGGCCGUUGUUGAUGUCGAUGGCGAUAAAUUGGACGAUUUGAUUGUCGGCGCUCCAAUGCACACCGAACCUAACAACGAAGGCAAAUACGAUAUGGGACGCGUUUAUAUCAUUUAUCAAGAUAAAUUUAAUAAAUUCCAAACAUUGGACACUCGCGAUGGUUUGAAUUCACGUGCCAGAUUCGGUCUUUCGUUGACAUCACUAGGCGAUAUCAAUUUAGAUGGAUUUGGUGACUUUGCCGUCGGUGCUCCGUAUGAUGGUCCACACGGAAGAGGAGCAGUUUAUAUUUUCCAUGGUUCGAAAGAAGGUCCGUUAGCUAAAGCUUCACAAGUCAUCUUUGCCGAAGAUGUUGCUGGAUCUUCAUAUUUGAAUACGUUUGGCUUUUCACUCUCCGGAGGCGUCGAUCUCGAUGGAAAUAUGUAUCCAGAUUUAGUCGUCGGAGCCUAUGAUGCUAACACCGCUCUUGUUUUCAAAUCACGACCAGUUGCUGUGGUUGAAGCCACUACAACAUUUGAUGUUGAUUCGAAAUUGGUGAGCCUCGAUGACAAAAAAUGUACAACAGUUCGAGAUCGUAAACAAGUCACUUGCACAACGGUCAAUUCAUGUUUGAAAUACAACGGAAUCAAUCUUCCACCACAAAUCGACAUUGAUGUAUCCUGGGUUCUUGAUUCAAAGAAGCCACGCAAUCCACGUUUGUUCUUCUUGAAUGAAGAAGGUAAAAACAUUCGGAAUUCGUCGAUGCGAUUAAGCCGUGGUAAAACUGAGUGUCGCACAGAGCGUGUAUACAUCGCUGAUAACAUUCGUGACAAGUUGACGCCAUUGGAAGUGGAAAUGAGAUUCAAUAUGCGUGAAAAUAAUCAACAAAGUCAACGAGCCGAACGUGUGCGUCGUACCACUCUUGAGCCAGUGAUCGAUCAAAAUCGUGGAACAGUCGAACGUGACUCGAUCAAUAUUCAGAAGAAUUGUGGCCCAGACAAUGUUUGUAUUCCGGAUCUUCGGUUGGAAGUGAAAUCGGUCGACACAUAUCUGUUGGGCUCGAAAGAUUUGCUUGUGUUCGAUGUGAAAGUAUCAAACUUUGGAGAAGAUGCAUUUGAAGCCGGUUUCUUUAUGAGUGUUCCUGAGGGAAUGAAUUUCCGUAAAAUCGAACGCACUGGUGACACUCGUGAUACACCAAUCACAUGCACAGCACCAUCGGCAUCGACAAAUCAUACACUCAAGUGUGACAUCGGAAAUCCACUGUCAAGUGGUAAACAUGCUAAUUUCAAGGUAAUUUUGUUGCCCGCAACCAAACAAGGAAUUGCACCCAAAUACGAUUUCUUCAUGGAAGCAAACUCAACGAAUGCUGAAGUCGAAGGAACCGAUUUCGAUAACGUUUACAAGAAAACUGUUGGCAUUUCCGUCGAAACGAACUUAUCGGUGAAGGGUGUUUCGAUUGAUGAAGAGAUUUUGUACAACACAACCGAUUUCGUUGCCUUGGAGAAUGCAACGCGUGAAAGUCAAAUUGGUCCACAAGUCGUGCAUAUCUAUGAAAUUCGUAAUGGUGGCCCAUCAACGAUUGAAGAAGCUGAAGUUUUCUUCUUGUGGCCAUAUGAAACACUCUCUGGCGAUCAAUUGUUGUACCUAUUGAAUCAGCCGGAAACUACCAAAAAUGUUAAGUGUGAAUUGAGUCAGUUCACAAAUGUUCGUGGCGUGGAAUUGGAUCGAUCGUUAGUUGCCAAGAGUUUCUUGGUGAGUCAAGGUGCUGUUGAAAAGUCCAGCUUGAGCUCAGGAUCAUCAUUCCAUAGCACUGGAUAUGCUGUUGGUGGCGGAAAAACACAAAUCACUGAAGAGGAAAAGAGACGUUUCGAUGAAGAAGAAACCCAUGAAUCAACCGGUGAUGCUUCUUACAUUCAUCAUCAGCGCGCGAACCAAGCAGCUCAAGAACAAGGUGGUGGUGGUGGUUAUCAGACAGCUCAAGCCAGUUGGAGUUCAUCAGGUCCGGCUGUUACUUACUCGACAAGACUAAAUCAAUCGAAAUAUAGCCCAGAAAGAUACGAUGGCUACAAUUCGCAACAGCGAUCACAAAGCCACCAAUCAUCGUCACAACAAAAUGCGGGACCAAGUGUUUACAGAGCCGGUUUCGGAGCUGGUAGCGCCGGAGUGCGAAAGAUUGAUGAUUUCUCAGCCGAAGGCAGUGUCAACCAGGAUCUCUCUGGCAGUCGUUCACGCGGUCAAGUAUACACUUCACAAAGUUCACAAAGCUCACAGAGUGCACAAAGUGCACAGAGUGCACAAGGUGGUGUGCAAGGCGCUGGUGCAACAGGCAGAAGACGUAUGAUGAGCCAACAAGACGGUGAACCAUUCCAACCAGAUUUGAUCCGAGGAGUAUCGCCAUAUGAGAGCAAAGACACCUUCCAAGCUGGCACUUUGGAAUUGAACACACUCGGCCGCGAUAAUGUAGACGAAGAAAUCCGACGCCAUGGCAAUGCAGCCCAUUUUGCUACCGCCAAUGAACGACAAGGCUCUGGCCAGUCAAGCCACACUGGAUCGUCUGGCUCGUCUGGUUCGUCAUCCGGUUCCUCGUCUUAUCAUCAAAGCAGCAGUAGUUUCAGUAGCGGUGGAGGAGCAGCAGCAGCAGCAGGAGCACGAGCUGGUAGUCAAUCAGUCGGUCAUAAAUCUUCUUCAAGCAGCAUCCAAUCAACGGGUGGCAAACAAACUUCAUCAUACAGUGGAAAUACGAAUUUCUUAAAGGACGAACAAUAUGAGGACGAAUAUGAAGAAGGACCAGAAAAUGAAGACGAAUACUACGAUGAACAUGAUAAUCAAAAUGCGCCAAAUCACCAUCAUCAACAACACUUACAAAAUCAACAGCAACUACAUGGCCAACAACAGCAGCAGUACAGAGCACAGCCCAAUGGAAACGGUGAAAGCCAAAGAUUCCAGCAUUAUCAACGCCUGCGCCGUGAUUUACCCAAUCUUAGCGAUUUGGAGCUCAAGAAUCGAUUGUCAUGCAAUCGCAGCCGUUGUGCAUUGAUUCGAUGCACAACCAGUCAACUGGACACAGAUAGCAGCGCUUGGAUUGCUCUACGAAUGCGUCUUGUCACACAAACACUCAAUUUGGUCGCUCCAAAUGUGCCACUGAACUUAUCAACAAUGGUAAUUUCCCGCGUUGCCCGUUUGCCAUACAUUGGUGAACCACAUGAGAAACCGUUGAAAUCAUACGAAGUGAAAAUCGCAGCCGUUCCAAUACCCGAACCAAAACCAGACAUUGUCCCACUAUGGAUUAUCAUCCUUUCCGCGUGCAUUGGCGUUAUCAUUCUGCUUCUGCUGAUCUAUUUGCUCUACAUGUGUGGUUUCUUCAAACGUAAUCGCCCGGAUCAUUCUCAAGAGCGGCAACCAUUGAAUCGAAAUAAUGGCUAUCACGGUGACGAACGACUAUAAAAGGAAAUUCGUUUUUGUGAAGGAUUUGAAACCAACGAUCAAUCGAUUUACUUUUAAGAUCUGAACUUAUGUGAAAAGCAAACAGCAGUGGCAGAGCUUGAGAGUGAAACAAAACAAAAAAUAUCGAAAAAUCUAACUAGUCAUUUUUUUCAUUCAAAACAGAGAAACAAACACAAUCUCCUCGUAUGCUGCGAAUUUAAAUCAAAAAUUUUGUGUCAAAAUCUACUGCCAAGUUGUAAUUGAAUCUUUUUCAAAACAGUGAAUUUUAUUGGUGACAAGAAGAAAAAGAAAGAAUGCUUGAUAUUGCUUGUAAAAAAAAAAUACCAUCACAAUUAUAAGAGAAACUCUAUUUUCACCAAAAUUAACGAUUGUAUUCAUGUAAUUAAAAAAAAAACAGUAACUAAUUUACACACUUAAAUUAGGACAUAAGAUAUAUAAAUGACACAUUUUUUUUCUUUUAAAUAUUAGUUCACGCCACAAUCGAUCAUCUCAUUUAUAAUUCAUUUUUUUCUGCGCUUUUAAAAACUCAAAAUUGACAAAAGAAAUCCACGUCGGUGAAAUGUAAAACCGGUUGAUUAGAAGAUCGACAGCAAUGGCCAUAACAUUAUAAUUCUAGUUGAGCGAAUCUGGAUUCUUGUUGGAAAAUUUAAUCAAGUGUGAAUCGUUGAUGAAUGUAAAGAAGCUUAGUAUGUUUCUGUAUAUAUGAAUAGAUAAAAUUAAUACUGUUAAUCUUAUAUAUUUAAUUGAAAAUUACGAGUGUGUGAGUAUUCUCAUUCGCGCGUAUUUUCGCAAUUUGUUUUUUUUUUGUGUCAUUCAAGACUAAUAAUUUUAAAAAUUAAUUUAUUGUCGAAUUACCGACAGUGUCGGUCCGACAUGUUUCGCUGAAACAAAUCGAACGACUUUUGUUCUUGGAAAUUGAAAUGAGCAGUUGAAGAGAUGAAAGAGUAAACGAAAAAUAAAAAAAAAUAUUAGCCAAUUAACAAUUCAAUUAAUUAUGUGACUUAUUAACAAGUGCCUAGUAACUGAAGCAUAUUGAUGCGAAAUGAUUGCAUUGUGAGCGUCACAAUCAUUUAAUAUUAGAAUGUAUAAAUGAACGAUAUAACAACAAAAUGUGCGCUAAUUUAAUAAAUGUUGAUAUUCUCUAAGUUAGAUUCGAAUUUUUAAUGCUGCAAUUGAAAUAAUGCAACACAAAAAUACACAUAAUCAAAUAGUAGAAGGAAUAAAAACAGAAACAUAUGCAUUUCAACAGUGUAAAUAUUUGCAUGAAGAGUUUAUUAAAAUAAAAUCGAUCAAUACAAAAA